AUGGAGCGGCCUGGCCGUGAGCGCCUGUGCGGCCCGCGGCGAAAUGCGCUUGCGGGCAGUCCCGAAAGCGGGGCCUGCCCGCAAACAAGAAGUGAUUCCCAGUUGCUUACAUUUGAGGACAAUGACCCACUGGAACCCCUUGAGCUAGCAGUUAAAGAAGUUGUUAGUGUUGUAAAAUCAGCACAAGAGAAGGUGGUUUCUUGUAAAGUUGUGGGAGACUCUGUUACAUUCCUUGUCAGUGUCUCACAUACUUCACCCACUGCUGCAGAAAGGCAGUCGUACAGUGUGAAACUGUCACCACUCCACUUGCAGCUUCAACUCUACGUGAAGGACAAGGGAGAAGAUGUCAAAGUUGAGUGGUUCCUCAUUAACGCCUCUGAAACCAAUUUUGAAAUCCAGCCAGCAGUGCAGGAGGGACAGACAACAGGGACAUGUGCAAUAUCUGAAACGCUCAGAGAUGUUUUGAAGAACCUCUUCAGUUCAGUUACUGCAUCUGUAGUGUUGAGUACAAAGCCUACAGAUAUAAAGGAUGUGCAGAACAUACAAAGCACAAGCGUUGUCCCUCAGGGCACUAGUCCGCCAAAGCCUCCCAGGGCUCACGAGCUGAAACUCCUCGUAAAGAACGUCACGGCAAACCUGACUGAUCACAGUGCUGCAGGCAGCACAAACCUCGUGUGUAUACUUCAGUUGAAUGACCCUAUGCAGAAGUUUUCCAGCUCUGUAGCCAAAAAUGCUGCAAAUCCCUUCUGGAAAGAAGAGUUUAUCUUUGAAUUAAGUGCCAAAUCAAAAGCAUUGCAACUGCAAAUCGUAGAAGAUGGGAAGUCGGAUAGCUCUUUGCUGGCGAGGGCAGCGGUCCCUCUCGACCUGUUCCGGAAGCAGCCUUCUGGCCAGCAGAGCUUUGCGCUGAGCCGCCGGGCCAGUGGGAGCAGCCUGGAGCUGGGCCCUGGCCCGGGAUCCCUCACGGCAGAGUUCUCUUUUGUGGAACCAAAUGAAUUAAAGACUUGGCAAACUUCUUCGCCAGUGCCAUCCACCAAGGUAGAGAAGGAUCGAACUGUGAUGCCCUGCGGGACUGUGGUCACUACUGUAACUGCUGUGAAAACCAAACCUCGAUUAGAAGGGAGAUCUUCUCCACUGAGCACGGAUUCUCCUGUGAAAACUCCAGUUAAAGUCAAGGUGAUUGAAAAGGAUUUCUCUGUUCAAGCUAUCCAUUCCCAUGGUGCUCCAGUCAGCAAAACUUUAUCAUCUUCAGAUACAGAACUGCUGGUUUUGAAUGGCACUGACCCUGUGGCGGAAGCAGCUAUUCGACAGCUAAGCGAGUCUGCAAAGCAGAAGCUGAAGUCUCCUAGAAAGAAAAGCACCAUUAUCAUAUCAGGGGUGUCCAAGAUCUCUCUAUCUCAGGACAGUGAAGCUGCACUGAUGAUGGACUAUGCUGCAGCCAUGGAUGGCUCUUGCACAAAGGCAGAUGCACCUGCUGAGGACGAGGGUAUUGCAGAAGUCGCCGCUGACGAAAAGCUAUCAGUAAGUGCUGCAGAAACAGCACCUGAUACUGACCCACAGCAAAGUGACCAUAAGGCCUGGGGUUUGGAGAAUGGUGGCCAGCAGUGGAACAGCAACACGCUGCUGGAGCAGACUUGUGAAGAAAUGUCUGGGAGCUCAUUAAGCGUUUCAGAAACCGGGAGCAUGAAAAAAUCUAAAGGUGGGAUUUUGAAAAAAAGCGCAAAACUUUUUUUCCGGCGGCGGCAUCACCAGAAGGACCCGGGCAUGAGUCAGUCACACAACGACCUCAUCUACCUGCAGCAGCCGCUGUCGGAGGAGGCGCGCAGGAAGGGAGGGACGCUCUCACGGAUCCUCAGCCGGAAGCUCCUUUCCAAAAAUAAAAGCAAGAGCAAACUGAAUGGUGCUUCAGCAGAGCCAGCCCUAUGA